CUUUCCGUUCAAAGGCAGAUUUAUAUCAUUCCGAGUGGUACCGCUGGUAGCUACAGUAGUGUUCGACCGACUUUAAGUGUAGUGCACAAAGCGUUAAAGAAAAGUAGUACGGACUUACGGUGAAAAUUUAAAUAAGAGUAUUAAUAGCAAUAAAAAUAAAAAUUGAAUUAAAAUUUAAAUAAAAUUAAAUUAAGAAUAAUUUAUUAAUAACCCAUAAUGCAGUACUUGCUGAGCUUAAUCUUUUUGUCAUAUUUAUUCAUAAUUCAGGCAGGGAAAUUACCUGAGGUUGUGUUAUACGAGGGUGAUGAAUGUGUAACCGCAGAUUACGAUGGCAAAUGCACAUUGGAGAAACAGUGCCCACAUUUAGAGGCCACUAUGACACGAAAUGGUCUGUAUGCCAGAGAUGUUGGCCAUUGCGGCUAUACCGUGUAUGAAGAGAUCAUUUGUUGUCCCACCGAUACCUCACAACAUCCGCUGUCGAAAAAAUAUUUUGGCGAGAAUCAGGUUCGCCGCUCUAUAACAUUAAUCAUCACCACAACAACAAUAAUACAAGCGGAGAAAAUUGGCGAUGACUUGAUAUUUAGUAAUUUUAGUAGAGCAAUUAAUACACAAUCAAUUAUAAGUAUAUAAGUAUUAAUACUUUUUGAAAUUCGUUAAACUAAAUUAAACUAAAUAUCACUAUUUUUGUAUUCGCAAUACAAACAGCAGGCAAACAUUCAUUGAAGCGUGAAAGAAAAAUCGCUUGCUUUUGAGAUUCAGCUGCUCAUUAAAUAGUUUGCACAUUCAUUAAAUACUGAAAAAACACGCUAUUUCUAUCUGAGUUUACAGGAAAGGUAUUCAUGUUUUCUUAGUUCCUCCCUCAUGCGGGAUUUAAAUAAAUUCCCGCUUAUCUUUAUCAACUGUUUUUUGCGCAUAUUCUUUGUAUUGAAUGGAAUGGAGAAUAAGAAAUAAUAAU